AUGCCUCCCCUGGAUUCGAUGGCCAGCUUGAACUUCGCUUCAACCCCAAUCUCUACGUAUCGGGAGGCUGUGACCCUUACGCAGCUUAUUGUUGUUUGGAUCAACCGCUGGGGAUGCGAUGUUGACGAUGCAACCUCGGCCUGGCCAGUUGGCGUCUCAUUCACCACCGACCACCUGAAAUGGGGCGUUGCAAAAGCUGGCGAUAUUACAUUCAAGUCUUCUGGCGUUGGCGUUGAUAUGCCCACCCGUCCCCAGAUCCAAAUUCACGACAAUGCCAUGGCACCUUUCACCGGCGCCGAUGGGGACAAGAUUUAUGGGAGGGACGUCAUUGGGUGGAAAUCCCUUCCUGAUAAUGCUCUUCAAGCGCUAUCUGACGUUAAGUACGAGAAGACUGAGGUGCCAUUUGUCGACGCCAACUUCCAACGCCAGUUAGACGCCGCAUACCAAGAAAGCUUCUACGGCGGGCUUUUCGAUCAGCAAGGCUGUGUUGAGGAGGAGGCUUCACCAGCAGAGGAGUCACAGUCUCUGCCAACGGCGCAGGCUACAAACCCUGUGAGAUUGUAA